GCGGCUUUUUUACUGUGAUUCUUCUGUCUGCACCGGCUCUUCUCACACACACACAAACACACACACACUGCCUGCAAACAUGUUCGGGACACGCUGAACAAAGACAAACUGGAAGGAGUUCAUGUGGAAUGGAGUGACGGGAAGGAGUAGCGCACACUGGUGUAAGGAGAUUAGGACAAACAUAGAUGUUUUGUAUUACAUGAUCGCACAUAUGUGCACAUGUUGGUUUAUGUGCAAAAGAAUCACGAGUAGAAACAUGCUGGCAUGGACUUAUUUCUGUGAUUUAUCUUCAUUGGUUUUAGGAUUUGUCGUCACAAGUUGUUAUCUGGUGAUUUAUUGGCCUGUUUUUGGAAUGAAAUCCUACUUUUUUUUUGGACUUUAGUACUUUUGGGGCCAAAGUUCUCAAACGUGAUGAACUUUGACAAGUUUAAAUCUACACAGGUGACAGGUCUAACCAAAGAGUAAGUGAACACUAUAGAAUUUAGAAUCUUUGAUAUCAGAUUUUUUAUAAAUGAAGCAGGGAAUUUUCAUUACAGUUUUCAAAACGCCGACAUUUCUGUAACUUUGACACGUGGAAGUCCUUAUGUGACCGAUGACAAUGAGAGUGUCGUUGCACCGGUCGGUGUGGACAGAGAGUGUCCUCACAUGCCUUCCAACAUCCGCCAGAAACUUACAAAGACAGAAACUUCACCUCACUUCUAUUUCAUGCCCUUGUUUUAAAUGACUGUCUGUAUUUUUUCCUUUUUCUGUUUUCAAAUCUAUUCUAUUAAUUUCCUAUUCGUCAAGUUUACUUCACUCUGUCGUGUUGACUUCGAUCCUCAAAACCACUUAAGUUUUCAGCUCCUGUGAUUGAAAUAAAAAAAAAAUGAAAUUCAAACCAUUAGAACCAUUAGGGAAAGAACCAGCCCCGUCUCUCACCUGGGCCUGUUAUCCAUCAAGCCGUCUGUCUGUAUUUUAUAAGAGCUGGUAGGUGGAUUCCGUCUCCUUCGGACAGAUUCUCUUUUUCCCUCUGUUUUUUUUAUCAUUUAUGCAAACUUGAUGCAGCGGUGUCAUAUCUAACAGGAGCAGGGCCGCCUGCUCUCCCGCAGCCUGUUGGAAUGUAAUUCAACAGGAGCCCUAAUGUUUCGUCGCUGCCACAAUGUAACAAUUAGCUGAGCUGUCUGUGAGGCUGUGGUGUCGGAGUCCCUCCGUGCCUUCGCGUGCACAACGUGUACGUACCCAACAGGCUGGGCUCUGACCUCCACAACCCACGAGGACAAGAAGUUUAAUGGAUAAAGCAAAAGUCCAUGUGGAGGGAAACCGUCCGACUGUCAGUACUGUUAAGCUGCAUGGGAGAACUCUUUUAUUUGAAGAUUUGUUCCUAGUUGAAAUAGUUUCAGGUUAUUGAAAGAGCUUAAUUGUAAUCACGCACUUACUUAUGUAUGAAUUCAUUGUUUAACCAUAUUUUUUGUAUUUAUUCAUAUAAAUCCCAGACCUUUUAAUGUCAGUCAUCAACUUUUUUAUAUUAUCGCCAUUUAUGCUCACAACCAGAAAAAUAAAGAAAAAAGCACAGAUUCGCCUCAUGGAUUGUUAUGAAUGUAAAAUAUUUUAUCUCUAAUUAAAGGGGUGUAAAAUAGAUGAAGAGCCACUGAUAUCAUAUUGGUAUAAGCUGUUUGAUCAGCUUUUAUUUUAUAAAUACAAAAAAGAGUAGGAGUCUUCAUAAUGAAACAAAUUGAGUCUUAAAAGAGCUGUUUAUUGAAUCACGGUCAAGCUCUGCCAAGUUUGCAUGUAUUUUCUUCUUUACUCAUUUUAUGUUCCUCAUACAGGCCUUUUCCAUUUUCUGAUGAGUGAGAGGCCAUUACUGUUACAGUUAUUUGUGUGUGUGUUUGUGUGAGACAUUGAGUUAAAUGGCCCUCUGUGGCUCUCCUCUAACGCACUCAUGUCCUGCCUCUAUUCCUAUAUACAGCAUCUAUCCAUCUUUUGUUUCCUCUUUCUACCUCCAUCUCUUUCUGUGGGUGUUUCUCUGUUCUUCAUCUCUGCUGCAGGGCCCCGGGGCAUAACACACGCACACAUGCACACGCAUGCACGCACGCACGCACGCAAACACGCACGCAGGCACGCACGCACGCACGCACGCACGCACGCACACACACACACUAAGACGAUUCAGAGGUAGGGUCCCUGCUAAUCUCUAUAGAGUUGCACUUGUGUCUAGGAGUGUGUGUUGGCAGUGGCGACUGUAGCUCGCUCAUCAGCUUCAUUAGGUUCAUGAUGGCCCAUCCGUGCAAUGAUGGUAGAGUGUGUGUGUGUGUGUGUGUGUGUGUAUCUGCUCCAGCCUUCUACCCCCUUCAGCGUCUCCUCUGGCUGUGAUCCGCCCCUCCUGGCCCCAACCUACCCCCUUAACACCCCCAAACUCCACACACACACGUGCAUGCGUGCACUCACAAUCACAUACACAGCAGCCACCCCUCACGUCUGCUCCGCGCUGCCACCAAAAGGCUUGUGAGGAUUUGUCAGCCAGAUGUGACAAGAUUGUCAGGAGGCAGGCGAGGAAAGAGGGAGAUCUGAUAUUAAUCAGAGCGUAGCUGGGAGCCAAAUUCUCUCAGACUCGGUGUACUAACAUGUUCCCCUCAUUUACUCCCUCUCUGAGCCAACCACUCCCUCCGAGCUUCUAACGGGGAGCCGUGCACACCGAGAAGCCAACCAAACUUUGGCUUGCCCCCCCUCCUCCUCCACUUACCACCACCACCACCCCUCCUACACAAGCUCAUCGCUUUGUUUUUCUUUUUUUUUUCCUAUAAGAAGCCAACCCUUUUCUCAUGGAUACUCAGGCUAUCUGCUGCACUUUGGUGAACUGUAACUGUGACAGCUUCCAGCCUGGGAAGCUGAAAAGAAGGCAGUGUGACAACUGCAAGCAUGGCUGGGUGGCACAUGCCCUCAGCAAGCUUAAGGUGCACCACAUGUACCAGAGCAGCCAGGUGGAGAUUGUGCAUUCAAACGUGGUGUUUGACAUCUGCAGCCUGAUGCUGUAUGGCACCCAAGCCAUCCCCAUUCGCCUCAAGAUCCUCCUGGACCGCCUCUUCUCUGUCCUCAAGCAGGAGGAAGUCAUCCAGAUCCUCAACGCCCUUGACUGGACACUGCAGGACUACAUACGAGGAUAUGUGCUCCAGGAUGUAGCGGGGAAGGUGCUAGACCGGUGGGCCAUCAUGACGUUUGAGGAGGAGAUUGCCACACUACAGCAGUUUCUGCGUUUUGGUGAGACCAAGUCCAUAGUGGAGUUGAUGGCUCUGCAGGACAAGGAGGGGCAGGCAGUGUUGGUUCCCAGCACCCGCACCAACUCAGAUAUCCGCACUUUCAUUGAGCGCAACACCCCACGCACUGUUGCCAACAUCUCUACAUCCAAAGUCGAUAAGUUAAGCGGUAACAGUAUGCACCACUUUGAGAACUUUAUCAAUAGCGUGGCCUUCAUGCUGCCAUUCCAGCUGUUAGGCUCUGUUCCUGCACCGUUUCUUGGCUCACCAACAGGUACAUUGCAGCACCACCACCACCAGCAACACCAGCAACACCAGCAGCCAUGCUGUGGUUCAAUAGAGCAGCAGAGUCAUAGACGAGAUGAUCAAGGGCAGGAUGGUCUUGGGAAGGACAACUCUCUUCCUCUUUCACGACCUCUAGAAAGCAACCUUCUUUAUUCCAGCUCUGUAUCAUUCACUGCUGAUCUCGACCGAAGUGGAGACAAGCCAAUGGACAGCCUCUCCACCACCACAAAGAUUGAGGCAGAGGACUUCUCCACUAGCGACAACUACUCGGAUGGACCCUCCACACCGUGCACACCUUCAAUGAGCUCUGAUGUAACACAGAUGUCCCCCGAUGGCAAACUGCGCUCCUUGGACAGGAAUGGGAGCAGUGGCGGAGGUGGUGGGAGUGGAGGCUCUCUGAAGAAAGGUCGUGUAUAUUGCAAUGCCUGUGAGAAGACGUUCUAUGACAAAGGUACACUGAAAAUCCACUACAAUGCAGUGCACCUUAAGAUUAAACAUAAGUGUACAAUCGAGGGCUGCAACAUGGUGUUCAGCUCGCUGCGCAGUCGCAAUCGCCAUAGUGCCAACCCAAACCCACGGCUACACAUGCCCAUGAAUCGCAAUAACCGGGACAAAGACCUGCGGGGCAGCAUAUCUCCCGAUGAAAGCUCUCAAGGAGAAAAGAGGUCUGAAUAUUGCACCCAGAUCUGCCCUGCAGAAAGCCAUAAAUCAGUUUCCAGCUACAUGGUGAGCCAUGUGGAUGCUGGCUCUAAGCUCCACAGUAGCUCAUUCCCUAGCAUGGGCCAGAGUGGCAUCCUCUUUCCCAACUUGAAAACAGUACAGCCUGUCCUGCCUUUCUACCGCAGUCUAGUAACUCCAGCAGAACUUGCCAACACCCCAGGGACACUACCCUCGCUUCCUCUGUUGUCCUCCUCUGUACCCAUCAAACCCAUCACAGCCCCUGAACCCUGCAUGACAGACCCAAUACCAAAGAAAAAAUCACGGAAGUCAAGCAUGCCAAUAAAGAUAGAAAAGGAGUCAGUGGAAAGAGACGAGCAGAUAGAUAAGGGGAGCAGCUCUGAGGAUGACGCUCCUUUACAGGGCAGGGACCAGGACAAGUGUGACAGUAUCCGAGCCGAAGGUCAUAUGUGUAUGAGACCAGGUGGGGAUGAAAAGGAGGUGGGAGGGGCUUACACUGGCGAAGAGAAGGAGAGGGGCAGCCCCAGGCAUCUGUUGGACCAAACCUUAGAUAGAGGAAUGACAGAGAGGAACAAAAAAGAUGAUGGGCUCAGGCAAGCCGAAAAAGAGGUAAUCACCCGUGGAUCUUCCCCCUUCGAAAACAGACUGAUUGAGAACCACUGUGACAACAGCAUUCUCUGUCAGGAACCGAUUGGCAAUGAAGAAAGGGCAGACAGGGAGCUUGCACAGUCACUACAUGCAGCUAACAAAAUUUCCGAGCUCAAAUGGGACGAGGGUGAGCACAGGAUAGUUAACGGGGGGCCUCUCCAGCUCAUAGACCGGGACAGGGAGGGAUCUGAUGGCUGUGUUGAUGACUAUAGUGACUCAGGGUUGUCUCACUUCAAACCCGGUGCUGACCUCCCACACCACUGUGAAAUCUGCAGUAAGACCUUUAAGAACCCCUACAGCGUCAAGAUGCACUACCAAAAUGUCCACCUGAAGGAGAUGCACAUGUGCACAGUGGAUGGCUGCAAUGCUGCCUUCCCUUCCCGCAGGAGCAGAGACAGACACAGUGCAAAUUUGAACCUGCACCACAAGCUACUGACCAAAGAAUCAUUCAGCCCAGCCAGCACGCUCUACUUGCCCUCAUCCCACUGUAGAGACAGAGACUCUGUUGGCCUGGACUACUGCCAGGACCAGCGGGAUAGAGAUUUGCUCCAUCGAGACCCAACCAGCCACACCUCUGUCAUCUACCGAGGACACAACCGCAUGGGUCUGGUCUUCCCUAUGAGCAAAAUGUCCACUGCACCAGACGGUGCUGAGGCAUUGCCCUUAGAUGAAACGGAGGGGUUAGAAGGAGGAGGAGAAGGUGGUGGAAGUGGGGAGGAUGGCGCAGUCCUGGACCUGAGCACAUCUUCAUCUGCCCCGCCCCGUGGCAGCGGCAGUGCACGAUCUUCCUGGGACUCAGAUGGAGCUGGCAGUGAGGAAGGGGAAGGGGUUGAAGAGGGUGAAGUUAUGGUUCCUAUGGAGGACAGUGAUGAAAGUUGCGAUGGGAUUGGCAUGGGAAGGCCUGGGGGGGAAGAGUUGGCACUCGGGGGAGAGAGGACCCUCGGCAGUAUUGUGGGAGGACAAGGCGGGCUUCAGGGAGGUGGGGGUGGAUCUCCGAUCACCUGCCACAUCUGCCAAAAGGUCUACAGCAACAAGGGCACAUUUAGAGCCCAUUACAAGACUGUCCAUCUACGACUGCUUCACAAGUGUAAAGUCCCUGGUUGUGAUACUUCCUUUUCCUCUGUGAGAAGCAGAAACAGACACAGUCAGAACCCAAACCUCCACAGGAACCUAACUGUUGGUUCAGAUACCAGGAUGGACCAAGAAUAGGGGUUUGAGGGGUUUUGAGCCAACACGACUGAUUUCCUAUGUUCUACUUGUCUUGUUGUUGUUGUUGUUAUUGUUGUUGUUGCUGUUUUCUUUUUGGGGACCUAUAAAUGGCUCACCAAUUAGCACUUUUUAAAUUCUGUACUUUUGUCCAUCCUGUUCCCAUAUUUUUUGAAAACAGAGAGAAAAAAAUAAAGUAUAAUCAGGAUUUCAUUUGUUGCCGCAAAACAAUAUCCUUUUGUAACAAUUGUCUCUUUCUGCAAAACAGUUGUUGAUAAAGCAUUAUAUGCAUAUGUAUGUUUUUACAAACCAGAGUACUAUAUACAGAACAACUGAAAGAGAUGGUAAAUUACUGUAAGUUUCAAUCUUUCAUUGUAAUGCAGUGCUGAUUUAUCUUUAUUGUUUUGCCUUACACCCCAGUUUAUACCUUAAAAAACAUUAAUUUGUAUGAACUGAAUUUUUCUGUUUAGUCCAAGUUAAAGUUGAAUCAUGAAACUGUACCAUGAGAGGGAUUUUCUUCUGGUGUUUUUGUUGUCAGAUGUCCACAUUGUCCCUGUGAAGCUGUGCAUUAUUCAGUGAUCAAAUGCAGUAGUGACGUAACUUCUACAUCUGAAAUUUCAUUAAUUUGGACAUUGGUCUUAAAAAAGAGUCUUUGUUAAAAAAAAGCUAUUGUGUUGUGAACUUGACCAAUAAGUUAUUGUACAGUGUUUAUCUGAUCUGUCUUUACUGUUCUGGUUAUUUCUUACUGCUAAUGUUUACCAAAGAUUUUUUCAGACAACAGUUGUGUAUAGAAACCCCUUCAUAUUGUGUGAGGGUAUGCAGUAUUAAAAGGGGCCCACCCAGUCUUCUCUCUUCUACUUUGUGAUUAACAGCAUUAUUCAGACCUGGGCUCUGUUGUAAAAUAUACUGAAAUUCACAAAAUUGAGAGAGAAAAACAUACAAAUAUACAAGAGAAAAUGACUAAUCAGGGUGAAAAAAAUCUUGCUGGUGUUUUGGUCAUGGCACUAGACUUGAUUUAGGCAGUGCUCUUGUAUUGUCUCUGUGGUUACUUGCAGUAUCCUGACUGAGUGGACAAAUAGCAGGAAGUAAUGCUGUGUAUGGAGAAUAGAAGCAUGUACUGUGAAUGAGUCAGACACUGAAAAAUAAUAAUGGAAAAUAAAUGCAAUUUUUAAUUAUUGUCUCACAUGUGUCACACCCUAAAAAAGAACUGGUGAACAAUUGUUUAUUGAAUUGUAUAUUCUGUGAAUAGAGGAAUUUGUUAUUUGAAAAGAACCAAAAAAUAUACUGUAUAAACUAGGUAAACUUCACCAUUAAUAUAACAUGUUUUUUUCUAUUUCUGUUGAAAAAAUGAAUGAAUAAGAAUGUUGUGUUGUACAUGUUUGAUUAUUUCACCAUGGUUUACUGUUCUGUUUUUUCCCCUGUAUUCUGCAUAUUUGUUUUUUCAUUCUGUAUUUAAAUGCAGUGGGCCAAAUUUAGGAUCCUAUUUCCUUGUUUGGAUUUGAAAAAAAUAAAUAAUAACAAUAAGGGCAAAAACCCACCCAUGCUGAUAGGUGUUCAUGUUUCCUUUGAUUUAAUGUUACAAUAUUCAUUCAAAUUAAAUAAAAAGCCAUAUGUUUG